UACAGUUGCUAGAAAACAUUUGGAAUACUGUUCGCUCUUGUGUUCUGUGUAGUAACCGCUAUACGUACAGUGAACAAGCUACAUAUAGCUGAAUUCAGACGCCGGAACAUGGACGACGAUCUCAACGACCCGAUUGAUCACGACUUUUUUGACGACGACGAUGGAUCACGGGGAAGCAGUCCAGAAAGGUCGAGUCGUGACAAGCAGCAGAAAAGGGGUAUGUCGAGGGAAGGUAAACAAAAUGGCGCUCAGAAGGGGAUGGAGUGGACCUCUUUGGCACUGAGUGCUAGAUCGACAUCGAGUACAGGUAGUAGAAAAGAAAUUCAAGCGAAAAUACCGACCGGAACUCCGCGAGCUGGCGAUUAUAUAUAUUCUUCUGAUGACGAUUUUGACGAAGAAAGCAACGGUAAAAGAGCAACUGAUAUCAUUAACAAACGAGACCAUUCACCGGACAGUCACAAAAUUAAAGAUCCGGCACGAAAAGAACCCAGUUUUUCUUUAAAAGACAGGCGGAAUUUGAAAAGUGCUGGUCCAAGACGCGAUAAAAGCCCCAAAACAGACAGUCCCAGGCGGAAUAAGGAAACAAGUAAGAGAAAGAAAGCUGAGAAAAGCAGAACACACAAUGACAGCUACAGCUCGGAAAGUGAUUAUUCAGAUUCAUACUCUGACAGUUAUUCGUCGUAUUCAUCUUCGUAUACUUCGGCUAGUGACUCUGAAAGUGAAAUAACCGAUGUUUCACCCUUACCUAGUCCUCAUCAAAGUCCGCGUAGGCAGAGACGUCAAAAGAAAAGUGUUAUGGACACGUUACAGUCUGGACUGUCUCCGAGUAAUACAGGUGAGUCACCUAAACAUGUGACGAUUGAAGCCAAACCGCCAACAAGACCACAGUCUGCAAAACGUACGCCAAGGCAUAAAGAUAUGGUACACUUCACCGGUAUGACUCCUAAUGGUAAUCGUGACAGACUUUUACACAGUGCAGAUAGUAGAGAACUGAGUUUACUUCUCAAAGCAGUUCUUGAAUUAGACGAGAGUGCUAAGCAAACUCUACGUGCAGGUGUGAGUUCAGACUCUACAAAGAAAGUACUUUUUAAGAAGGGCCAGCAGUCACAAAACCGCAAGAAUCAAUCGUUCUCUAACGAUAGGGUGAGAGAAAUUGAUGGGGAGAAUCAGCGUUUGUUGGGUGAAAUAUUGAGAGUCAAUCAGUCGAAAGCGGUGGCGAAGAAGAAAUCUAUGGUACACCGCGAACCAAAACUUUUAAGUCAUGCUGCUUUAAAUAGAGCUAGACAACAACGCAAGAUAGAGAGAGAAAAUUUUGAAUUGCUGAAAAGAAUACAAGGAGCCAAGCCAACAACUUAUCUGAAGAGAGACUCUCUGCUCAAAGACCAUGAGAGACAGCUAACUUAUGGCUUGCAAGUCUCAAACCCAGCUACAAGUACACCGGAAAGGCCAAUGAGUGGCAAGAAGCAACGAUCAACGGUUCAUGCAUAUACACAAUCCAUGGGUUCCAGAUCAUCCAGUAUGUCCAGUCUACAAAGUGGUAUCAGGUCACGACCUGGCAGUGGAAGACCAAUGAGUGGCAAAAUACCACCAGAACGACCAAGACCUGUUUGGGAUGACAGAUUUUACAUAGCACAAGAGUAGUACUGAAAGGUUUCCAUUGUUACAAGAAAUGAAUACAUAAUUAACUGCUCAGUGCGCUACCCAAAACAAAAUAGUGCUUAUUUUUUUUCUAAAUUUAUCUUACAAAAAUUGCAUUUUAUUGAAAAUAUUUGUACUUUGUAAAAGUAUAAUAGAGCUUUGAAUACAAAAAAAAACUAGAUACUGGAUAUAUUACCUAGCGAAGGCAUUGUAAAUUGCAUUUGUUCGUACAUUUCGUAUGCCUUUUUUUUUCUCACAGCGAGGUCUCAUUCCCAUUGAUAUGACCAAUAACAAUUUGUUGUGAAGUCCAUUAAAUAGUCUCAUUGUUUGUUUUUUUAUGAAGGCCAGGUGUCAACAUUGUGAAAGAACAUAGUGGUAAGCUACAUUGUAUUUCUUUGAACUUGUUAUCCCUGUUCCUGUAAAGGUCAAACAAAUGUGUGCAGAGUUUACAUGUAACUUAACUUUAAUGCCCUCCAAGGAAAAUAGACAACUGUCUACAGGUAGAACACAAAAACAGUUAUAUGUACGAGAUAUACAUAUAAUGCACAGAUGAAACAGUUAUAAAACCAGAUGUGUAUAAUUGAGUAGUGUUAGCUUUUUCAGAACAGCUCAUUUUUGUCUUAUCAUCUGCAUUAUUGAUUCUUAUGAACUAGCGUUAUUUUCAUAGUUAACAUGUUUGUUGCACAGUUAUUGCCAAGCAGGUGUCUUUUUUAUCUUCAGUGAAAUGCAUUCCUUCCAUGAAUGGAAUACGUGUCCCUCCAAGUCUGAGUAAUAUAUACCACAGUUUAAUGAUUGUAAAUGCACUGUUGUAAUUAAAGUCAAAUUAUCUAUUCGUGAUUUUUUUUUUAAAAGUCUGCUGCAUAAUUACAUAAUCCAUGUCACGUUCAUAAACUUUGCCUGUUCAUAUUAAAUGAUAUCUGGGUAAAGCAGUCAUUUUCUGUCAAUGACCUUGCCCAGCCCUUUCAUGCUUGCCAGGAAAUGCAUGCAUUCUGGGCUCAUUCUGUAUAAUAACUUUGCAUUGAAAUACAGUUUUGUAUGGAAAAUUAUGUUUCCAACAUAGUGUAAUUGAUAUCAAUAUGCAUUGAACUUUUAAAAAUAUUUUGAUCCAUCCUGCUUACAAACCUACCUUGCAUACUGGUAACCGCAGAGUAAACUACAUUUUUUGUAAUAUCAGAGAGCAUUUCAUACAGGUUUCAAGUGCCUUGGCAAUUUUUUUAAAUACAUUGUGUUAUUCAUGAAUAUGAUUUAUUAGUUAUGAACUUGAAGUCUGCUUUCCAAGAAAAACUUAUUUUUUAACGACACAAAUAAAUUCAAUGGUAUGUGUACAUUACCUUUUAAAUUCCUAGAACACAAGUAUAUCACACAAUAAAUUAAAAAAUUUAAAUACAAAUUUACUGAUGUAUUUGUGACUAUUCUAUUGUAAAUAAUUGCUAUAGCUUGCAAUAAAAUGUAAAAAUUA